GUGCUUCGGGCUGCGGCGCGGGCUCUCAGUCUUACCUUUUUACUUCGCAGAGUGUUUAACAUGGGAAAUAAUAAACGUAAAGCCGUUUUAAUUGCUGUAGACCUUGAAAGUGGAGCUAAUGACAUGGAACUUGUUUUGAUAAACAAACUUAAUUUUCAGCCUAAAAAUAUAUUAAAGUUGUCUAAUCAUCAAACGGAUCCCUUACUGAUUCCUUCUAGAGUUAACAUUAUAAAAGCUCUUUGCUGGUUAGUCUUAGAUGCAGCUCCAGAGGACACUUUCUUUUUAUACUAUGGGAAUGCCCGCCAGAAGCCAUGUAGUAAUAGAAAAAACUCUGAGAAAAGAGGAGUCAUAUAUCCCAUAGACUACGAAAAAUCAGGAGUUAUUUAUUCUGAAGAGCUCAUAAACUUAAUUGUGAUACCUAUUCCACAGGAAACGAGAUUAAUAAGUUUUAUGGAUUCUUGCAUAUGCAAAACUGAUUUAGGUCUUUCCUACACCAGAACAUGCAACAACACCAGCCUUAAAAUUUGUUCAGCACUCAAACUUUUAUUCGGAAGUAAAAGAUCCAUCAGAAGGCCAAUAAAACCGGCGGGCACCGCAAUUUUCUUUAGCGGUUUUAUCCACAACGAGAAGCCAAUUGUAACUAAUGUAGAUAAGGAGGGCGGGUGCACAAUGACAUGUGCAUUUAUCAAAUGUAUUGAAAAGCACUAUGCGCGACUAACCUAUUCCAAGACUCUAAAACUUAUGUACUCCCUAAUCAAGUGUAGUGGAAGCAAGCCGACAUUGUACAUAAGUUCUACUCACUAUUUGGAUCCUAAUGAACAAUUCUAUGUUUAACUAAAUAAAAUAAAGG